AUGACCUCAGCACUGUGGGAUCCAGAACAUCUGCUUCAAAUCACACACGGUAUCAGAGAUAGGUGCGGCAAAGUCAAUUGUUUUGGCAAUGCGAAAUACAAUGUUCGUUGCAGAUGGGACAUCGAAGAGCCGAAUCGUUCAAAAAUCCGCCCACUACUUGACCAAAUGUCCCAAACCCUACCAGAGUCUAUCACAACUGAUACUCUACGUCGUUUAGCCAGGCUUUGUCUUUGCUCCAACUACCAUUCUCAUCAAGUUGAAAUCUUUGUCAGUGACUGGCAGACGGUCAUCAACGCUGCAGUCCAGUGUAACAAGAGAAUGAUACAGGCCCAAGCCAAUGAAGUGGAAUCACAGCUCCCCGUCAGGACGGUAGAGGUGGUGCAACUCGAAAUGAACCUUUCCAUGUUACAGCAUGAAUACGCCGAACUACAAGCUCGGCUAGAUCUCAUCUCAAUGGAAUCUAACGAGAAGAUCGCGAAAGUAAACAAAGAGGCGCAGGAUCAUAAGGUCGAAUACGCUGCCAAAGAACUCGCGUUCCGGGAAAUGUUAUCUUACCAACAAGCUUGGAAAGACCAAGCAGCGGAAGAGUCAGAAUGUCGACGGAAAGCUGAACAGGAGACUGCCGUCCUGCAGGUUAGGCUGGAGAAGUUGGACGGACAACUUAGGGAUUUUGAGUCUGUACAGGGCGAUAACAAUAAGCUAAAGGGACAAGUCGCGUUAUUGGCAGAGGAGUGCAAGGAAUCAAAGCGCGUAGCCGAAGAUGAGAUGAAGAAGUCCAAGGAUGUCGAACAGCAACGGGUUGACGAACGUGCACUUGCUCAGUUGACGGCACAGCAAUACCAGACUCAACUUGAUCAAGAAAGAUCCGACAGCGCGGUCCUCAAAGGCCGUAUCGGUGUCUUGGAAUCAGCGAUUACAGAAUUGCAAGACGGUAUCAUGUCCUGCUGGUCUCAUAGGUUCUGGGGAUGGAUGGCAAGAGCUAAAAAAGGUGGUGUGUCGAGGUCAAGGAUCGCCAGCCAGAGGGAGACUGCCACAGAGAUUGCCCUCAAGACAUAUGCUUGA